AUGGCGUCCGUGAGCAGCGACGGCAGCAGAGCGACGGAGGGCCAGGCGCUGGCCCUGGACGAGCUCCUGGGCGACUUCGAGGUCAAGCAGCGCGGCCUGCUGCUCGUGGCCAUCGACAAGGCCGUGGACAAGGCCAUGAAGAAGCAGAGCGAGAUGCUGGACGCCGUCAAGACCAAGGUAGAGGCGCGCCACCGCCAGGCCGUGGACGAGCUGCGCGACGAGAUGGCGCGCACGCAGCCGUCCUUCCUGGACACGGUCAUCGGCCGCACGCUCAGCGCCGAGAACAACGCGGGCCUGGCCAGCUGGAUCGCGGACGGCGCGCUCAAGGAGCAGGCCCUGAGCUACAUUUCCAAGCUGCGCAGCCACCUCGAGGCGGGCCAGGGCAACGCCUUCCGCAGCGACUUCGAGGCGCUGCUGACCGUGUACAUGGAGUAUCUCAAGAUCCCCAUGACGCGCGGCAACAGGCUCAAUAAUCGUAUGGAGGACUUGCACGAAGCGCUCUACAACAAGGCUGACUAUAACGACGACCUAGUUAAUCUCGUGUACCGCGUGCGCUGGGGCUGCCAGGGCGUGCGCUCCAUUGGUAAUGCGCGCUCGCACGACGCGACGCCGCUCUCGGAGAGCGAGACGCUCGAGCUCUGCGGCUGCAUUAGUGCUAUCGGCGCGGCCAUGCCGACGCUCACGCUCGCGUUUGACGUUUGCAAGCGCAAACCGGACGCGCCGCCGCUCCCGAGCGACGCGAAGCUAUCGAUGAAUGGUAAUUCCUCCGGCGUAGAUAUGGCCAUGCUGGCGCAGCUUCGUCAAGCGGCGGGCGACUCUGGCGGCGACCAAGGAUCGUUCGACUUCGACUUCAUUAUCCAGCUAAUGGCUAACAAUGGCAUCAACGUCAACUCGGCCAUGCAAUCGCCGCCUCAACUGUUUCAAGACUCCCAGCCUAAUCGAGUGCCAUCGUUACCGCCAGGAUUUAGUAAUGGCAGCCUAGGUCUAUCCAGCCAAGGCCUGUUCGGCAGCCAAGGCCUCUCCGGCCAGGGUCUGUCCGGCCAAGGUUUAUCAAGCCAGGGUCUAUCGAGCCAAGGUCUAUCAAGCCAAAGUUUAUCCAGCCAAAGUCUAUCCAGUCAAGCGCCCCCACUGCCGCCCGGACCGCCGGGCUUGGACUUGAACAGUUUGAACUUGAACAGUCUCAAUGGUUUGAACUUGAACGGCAACUCCACCCAAGCGCCGUCAUUAUCGCGUCUAGGCUCCAUCGGUAGCACUACCAGCAACUCGAGUCAGCAGCCGCCGCUGCCUCCAGGAUACAAUGACAAUUCCGGAGGAGUGUGGUCUAAUCCGCCACUUCCGACUGGAAGUCCGCAGAAGCAGCCUCCGCUCCCUCCUGGAUCGGAAAGUCCGCUGAGAUCACCGCAUCCGUUGAGGGCUGAGAGCCCGACGAAGAGUGCGUCGCAGCCCCCGCUGCCGCCUGGAGCUGAUAGUCCCCAAAAGCGAAUGGCUCAAGCUUCAUCUGCUGGUUUUGUCAAGAAACAGAGUGACGUGCCUACUCAAGCGAUGCUGGCCCUCGUGCCAACGUUCACGUUCUAUCACGACCGACCGACUGAAUUGCCCAAGGAGAGCGAUCGUGUCCGUAAGGCCAUGUUUGCUCGCAUGCUUAAUCAUAUGGACGAGUUGCCCAAGGCGACGCUGUGUCCGCUCUUGCCAGGCCACGACCCAACGUGUCCGCUGUCGCACACGUACAUCGAGGUCAUGGCGUACAACCCGCUGUACAAGCGCCUAAUUUGCCGUCAGCCGUCUCACUACUGGGGAAGCCAAAUCCAGGAAGACGAGAGCUGCGUGUGCGUGCACGUGGAUACCGGGGUCACUUGGGACUGGAUGGAUGAGUCGCGCGAUAAGCGCAUGUACUGCGCUCGCGGCUCCAAGUGCACCAACACCAAGUGCAUCAAGUCGCACUCGUUCGAGGAAAUGUGCUGGUACAACCCGUCGUACAAGAUUAAGCGCUGCACGGUGCGCGCCCACGAUCACAUCGCCCGCGCGCGAGGCACGAUCGCGCCGCCGCUCGACUGCAGCUACUACCACAUCGAGGAGGGCAAGAACGCCGACAAACGCGAGUUCACGGCCGAGUACGACCACGUGGGCAAGGACAUCAAGAUGCUCUUCAUCGAGCGCUCGCACAAGCCUCUCGCUGACCGCCUCGAGGCUGUGCGCUACGCCCGCGCCAACAAUCUCAACUUGUGAGGUGGGCAGGCUCUCCACGGGCUGCGUUGAGCAGUGGCCCCCUGCAUAUUCUUCAUUUCUCUACUUGGUUUCGCGCCAAGCGUGCAUGUUAAUUCUCACUUAGCUUAGCUU